GUGGACUGAGUAGAGUGGGCUCCUUCGGUGCCGAGGGCCCUGGUUAGGAGCGGCUGGGGGCAGCUCUAGAAAGAGACCCAGCGGAGAGGCCUCAAUGUUAGCGAAGGGAGAGUGAGGCGGGGAAGGCGGGGGCGGGCAAAAGGCUAGAGGAGUCGGGAUGGGAGGUGGUUUUCGUGACCCGGAGCUGAGUGAGGAGAGCGCAGAGGAGGGGGUCAGCGAGAGAAGAGAUGGGCGUGUGAAGGUCUGCGUGAGGAAGAGGGGGUCCUGCUGAGCCAGGGGAGUCUGCCGGGGAGAGGGUCAGGGCGGGCAGGUCUGUGUGAGGAGGCGUGGGAGUGGAGUCAGACCGGAGGCUCGGCUGGAGGAAGGGGUUGUUGCAGAGAGGAGAGAGAAGGUGAGCCUGGAGGGAAGGCAGGUUGGGAAGGAGUGGCUCUCAGACGGUCUGUGCGGGGGAGCAUUGAGGGUUCCAUAUAAAUUUGUUACCAAGUGUGGUGACUCAUCUGAGGGUUUGAAAGACUGUUUAAGGCUGGGGAGUCAAUGAGCGACAGGAUUAGUUGUAUUGUUGAUUGGAUCGGUUGAUUAGUGAUGUAGGAGGGGGCAGUAGUUAGGGGAGUCGAUGAAGAGUCCUUUUAGUAAGUUGGGGAAAGAAGGCAGUAUGAGUGAGUUGAUACCGAGAACAAGGGCAUCAGCACAGUUCAUCAGUGGCAGAAUAAGGGUAUGUAUGAAGCAUUAAAAACUGGAUCAAGAAGGAGAGAAGGGGUCCACUGUUGAAGGAGAUAGUGUUUGUGGCCUGAGGAGUUUUAACUGUGUUGGAAGUAUUCCCGCCUGACCCUGUACUGACCUUUCUCUUUCAUCACUGAUGGAGCCCUCCAUCAAGUGCAGAAGUGCAUGGUGGUUAAAGAAAUUAGAGGAUUAGGAAAGCAGCCCUAAAUUCUAAGGGAUAAAGAAGUUACACAGUUUACCCUCCCUUCAGUCCCUUCUCUAGAUCUGAUUUAACAUAGAUGUUCCUGAGAAGAUUGCCCACCUGCCCCUCCCUCUCUCCUUACCUAUUAUACUAUCUCCUGCUUCCUCCCCUCCCCUCGCUCCCUUCCACACUGAUUCAGGCCCCAGUAAGACUGCCCUUUAGCCUACUGUAGAGUCUGAAGUUUAGAGUCUGAAGUUUUCUUUUGCAACAAAGUAUUAGGGGAGACGGGGAAGGGGAGAAGAGCACAGAAAACAGGGCAAUGGCUCUUGGAACACCACAUUAAAUCCCAGCUUCUCGCAGAGGAAUCAACAGUAGCCUUCCAUGAGGAACUGCCUUUCCCAUUUGCUGCUGGAGUUAACGGUUUUUCCUGCUGGCAGAAUCAGGGACAUGCCAGCACUAGCGGGAUGAGUGGGUGCUCCGGCGGGGAUGUGGUCAUUGCCGGCCAGUGAGGGCGAGAGCGCCACAGCCCACUUCUUCCUUGGAGCUGGAGAUGAGGGGCUGGGCACCCGUGGAAUAGGCAUGAGGACAGAAGAGAGUGACAGCGAGCUCCUUGAGGAUGAGGAGGAUGAAGUGCCUCCUGAACCUCAGAUCAUUGUUGGCAUCUGUGCCAUGACCAAGAAAUCCAAGUCCAAGCCAAUGACCCAAAUCCUAGAGCGACUCUGCAGAUUUGACUACCUGACUGUUAUCAUCCUGGGAGAAGAUGUGAUCCUUAAUGAACCUGUGGAAAACUGGCCAUCCUGCCACUGCCUCAUCUCUUUCCACUCCAAAGGCUUUCCUCUGGACAAAGCUGUUGCUUACUCCAAGCUUCGAAACCCUUUUCUUAUCAAUGACCUGGCUAUGCAGUAUUACAUCCAGGAUAGGAGGGAGGUGUACCGGAUCCUGCAGGAGGAGGGUAUUGAUCUGCCUCGAUAUGCUGUGCUCAACCGUGACCCUGCCCGGCCUGAGGAGUGCAACCUGAUUGAGGGUGAAGAUCAGGUGGAGGUAAAUGGAGCCGUCUUUCCCAAGCCCUUUGUGGAGAAGCCAGUGAGUGCAGAGGACCACAAUGUUUACAUCUACUACCCCAGCUCAGCCGGAGGAGGAAGCCAGCGCCUCUUCCGUAAGAUUGGCAGCCGGAGCAGCGUUUACUCUCCUGAGAGCAGCGUCCGGAAGACAGGGUCAUACAUCUAUGAGGAGUUUAUGCCAACAGAUGGCACAGAUGUCAAGGUGUAUACAGUGGGGCCAGACUAUGCCCAUGCUGAAGCCAGAAAAUCUCCAGCUUUGGAUGGGAAGGUCGAAAGAGACAGUGAGGGGAAAGAAAUUCGAUAUCCAGUCAUGCUGACUGCCAUGGAAAAGCUGGUGGCCAGGAAAGUCUGCGUAGCUUUUAAGCAAACGGUCUGUGGUUUUGACCUCCUUCGUGCCAAUGGUCACUCCUUUGUGUGUGAUGUCAACGGCUUCAGUUUCGUCAAGAAUUCGAUGAAAUACUACGAUGACUGUGCCAAGAUUCUGGGGAACACCAUAAUGCGGGAGCUUGCCCCGCAGUUCCAGAUCCCAUGGUCCAUCCCCACGGAAGCUGAGGACAUUCCCAUUGUCCCUACCACAUCUGGCACUAUGAUGGAACUUCGUUGCGUCAUUGCAAUUAUCCGUCACGGGGAUCGUACCCCCAAGCAGAAGAUGAAGAUGGAGGUGACACACCCAAGGUGGGCAGAGUAUCCUAAUCCAGACAAGUUUUUUAGUCUAUUUGAAAAACAUGGUGGCUACAAGACAGGGAAAUUAAAACUGAAGCGGCCCGAGCAGCUACAGGAGGUGCUGGACAUCACAAGGCUGCUAUUGGCUGAACUGGAAAAAGAACCAGGUGGUGAGAUUGAGGAGAAGACUGGGAAACUGGAGCAGCUGAAAUCUGUGCUGGAGAUGUAUGGUCACUUCUCAGGCAUCAACCGGAAGGUGCAGUUGACUUACUACCCUCAUGGAGUAAAAGCUUCUAAUGAGGGGCAAGAUCCACAGGGGGAGGCUCUGGCCCCAUCCCUAUUGCUGGUACUGAAGUGGGGUGGAGAACUGACCCCUGCUGGCCGUGUUCAGGCUGAGGAGCUGGGGCGAGCUUUCCGCUGCAUGUACCCUGGAGGACAGGGUGACUAUGCUGGCUUCCCCGGGUGUGGGCUGCUUCGCCUCCAUAGCACCUUCCGCCAUGAUCUCAAGAUUUAUGCCUCUGAUGAGGGCCGUGUCCAGAUGACUGCUGCAGCCUUUGCCAAGGGCCUUCUAGCUCUAGAAGGGGAGCUGACACCCAUUUUGGUACAAAUGGUGAAGAGUGCCAACAUGAACGGGCUCUUGGACAGUGAUGGCGAUUCCCUGAGCAGCUGUCAGCACCGGGUGAAGGCUCGGCUGCACCACAUUUUGCAGCAGGAUGCACCCUUUGCCCCUGAGGAUUAUGAUCAGCUGGCUCCCACUGGAAGCACUUCCCUACUCAACUCCAUGGCUAUAAUCCAGAAUCCUGUGAAGGUCUGUGAUCAGGUAUUUGCCCUGAUUGAAAACCUCACUCACCAGAUCCAGAAACGGAUGCAGGACCCCAAGUCUGUAGACCUGCAGCUUUACCACAGCGAGACACUAGAGCUAAUGCUACAGCGUUGGAGCAAGCUGGAGCGUGACUUUCGACAGAAGAGUGGGCGCUAUGAUAUCAGUAAGAUCCCUGACAUCUAUGACUGUGUCAAGUAUGAUGUGCAGCACAAUGGGAGUCUGGGACUUCAAGGAACAGCAGAGUUGCUCCGUCUCUCUAAGGCACUGGCUGAUGUGGUCAUUCCCCAGGAGUACGGGAUCAGUCGGGAGGAGAAACUGGAAAUUGCUGUGGGCUUCUGUCUUCCACUGUUGCGGAAGAUACUACUUGACCUGCAGAGAACCCACGAGGAUGAGUCUGUCAACAAGCUGCACCCCCUGUACUCCCGAGGAGUGCUCUCCCCAGGCCGCCAUGUUCGAACACGUCUCUACUUCACCAGUGAAAGCCACGUCCACUCCCUACUCAGUGUCUUCCGUUAUGGGGGACUUCUUGAUGAGACCAAGGAUGCACAAUGGCAGCGAGCUUUGGCUUAUCUUAGUGCCAUCUCAGAGCUCAACUACAUGACCCAGAUUGUCAUCAUGCUUUAUGAAGACAACACACGGGAUCCCUUAUCAGAGGAGCGGUUCCAUGUGGAGCUGCACUUCAGCCCUGGAGUGAAAGGUGUCGAGGAAGAAGGCAGUGCCCCAACUGGCUGUGGAUUCCGUCCAGCCUCUUCUGAGAAUGAGGAGAUGAAAACAGACCAAGGCAGCAUGGAGGACCUGUGCCCGGGGAAGGCAUCAGAUGAGCCAGACCGAGCAUUGCAGACCUCACCCCAGCCCUCUGAGGGCCCUGGCCUCCCAAAGAGAUCACCCCUCAUUCGUAACCGCAAAGCCGGCUCCAUGGAGGUGCUUUCUGAGACUUCAUCCUCGAGGCCUGGUGGCUACCGACUCUUUUCAUCUUCACGGCCACCAACGGAGAUGAAGCAGAGCGGCCUAGGCUCACAGUGCACGGGGCUGUUCAGCACCACAGUGCUGGGCGGCUCCUCCAGCGCCCCGAAUCUUCAGGACUACGCCCGCAGCCAAGGCAAAAAGCUACCACCUGCCAGUCUGAAGCACCGAGAUGAGCUCUUGUUUGUCCCGGCCGUAAAACGAUUUUCUGUGUCGUUUGCAAAGCAUCCGACUAACGGAUUUGAAGGGUGCUCCAUGGUGCCUACCAUUUACCCCCUGGAAACACUGCAUAAUGCCCUUUCGCUGCGUCAAGUGAGUGAAUUCUUGAGUAGAGUCUGCCAGCGCCACACUGAUGCCCAAGCACAGGCAUCUGCAGCCCUCUUUGACUCUAUGCACAGCAACCAGACCUCUGAUAGCCCGUUUUCUCCACCUCGCACUCUUCAUUCACCUACCCUGCAACUCCGGCAGCGCUCUGAAAAGCCCCCUUGGUACAGCAGUGGCCCUUCCAGCACUGUGUCCAGCGCUGGUCCUUCCUCCCCUACUGCAGUGGAUGGUAACUGCCAUUUUGGCUUCAGUGAUCACCCCUCCCUAAAUUCACAUGUGACUGAAGAACAUCAAGGCCUUGGGCUGCUCCAGGAGACCAUUGGGAAUGGAGCACAAGAGGUCCCCAUAGAAGGGGAACAAGAGCCUUUUGAACGAAACCAGUCCCCACAGGAACCACCUGUGGAAACCAGCCAGCCAUGCCAGAAGGUUGCUGAGGAGGUCAGCCAACCAUGCCAGAACAUCCCUGAAGAGGAGGUCAGCCAGCCAUGCCAGGAAGUCCCUGACAUCAGCCAGCCAUGCCAGGAGAACCAUGAUGAUGUUAACCAGACAUGCCAGGAGGUCCCUCAGAUCAGCCAACCAUGCCAGAAUGCCAGCCAACUGUACCAGAAAGUCUCUGAGGAAGCUUGUGAGCUUUGCCAGGAGAACUCUGAGGAGGUCAACCAGCCACGCCAGGGGGUCCCUGUGGAGGUUGGCAGGCGGGUCCCUGGGUUCCCUGUAGGGGUUGGUGGCCUGGCCCAGGAAAUUCUCGUGGAAGUCGGCAAACCAGCCCAAGGGAUCCCUGAGGAGCUUAGCCAGCCAUGCCAGGAAUUCUCUGGGGACAUUGGCAGGCUGGCCCAAGAGGCUUCUGCAAUCAUUUUGUGGUCUCAGGACAUCCCAGAGGUUGAUAAACCAUCCCAAGAGUUCCCUGGGGAGGGUGAUCUGCAUGUCCAGGAGGUCCCAGAGGAGGUGAAUCAGCAGCAGUCCUAUGUGGUCCCUGAGUUGAUUGACCAGCUGUCUGGAGAGGAUGUUCCUGAAGUCCAGUAUCCAUCUAGCAAUGUAAACCCUCAGAGCCAGUCUCUAGCCCGUGACCAGAACUCACCCCUUCCACCAGCAACGUGUGAUUAAUCAUUUUCUCAUUAGUGGUGCCACACUAUACCAGACAUUUGAGCUAGCAAAUUCUUCUGUUGGCUAACUCACCCGCCAGCAUUAAGGCCUUGGAUCUCACCAGAGGUGUCUGAGGAAGCAGUCCUCUUGGCAUGAAGCAUACCUGUGCCAGAGCUGGGCUUGGGGAGGAGCCAACUUCAGGUUAAAGCAGCUGUUGACUUCUCACCCAGCCAUUAGACUUGAAAACGAUUUCCUUCAAGAGGUAAAUGGGUCUAUCAUUACCUAACUUUCUCUGAUCAUCCCAGGAAAUCCCAGAUUGGUAAAGGAACUGCCACUUAACUGCUGAAGACUACACCUAGGGAUAGCAAGUGCAAAAGGGGACUCCAAGGUCUCUACUUUUCCGGAAAAUAUUCACAACUUUUCAAGGUACCCUUAGACCAUAUGUGCAUUCAGGGGACUCUUGUCUUUGUUAGUAUCCUCAGGUGGGCCCAGGAUGUCUGUCUGAGAUGUCUGGGAAAAAAGAGUUCCUUUCCCAAACAAAUAUCCAUCAUGGCCACAAAUUUUUAGAUUGGGCUUAUGGAUGUUUCCAUAUCAUCACCAGGUGCCCUCUCUGCCCUAGUCCUGUUCCUCUGGGCAAUAGCUCUAGGGAAAAAUAGGUAUUAGAUUGCUGUGAAAAUUUCAGAGUAACUACUUAAAAUGCUCUGGGAGUUCUUGGCCAAUCUGUAAAGCUGGGCCUCCUUUUGUUGUGGGACUAUAUGGCUUAGGAGAUAUUGUAGUAGAGAAAAAUCAGGUUCUAUUUUAAGCAAUCAGCAGAGAUCAGUAUUGUACAGACAUGAGCAAAGAUUAUAUAUAUAUUUCUGUAGUCGAGUCAGGGACGGACUGGCCAAAGACCAAAUACUCCAGGGUCCCCAUAGGAUUUGUCCUCAUAUCAUUGUGUCUUUAAGGCCAGGUGUGAUUAUGAAGCUUUUCCCAAAGAUCUGGGGAUGGGGAUGGGGAUGGGGGUGAGUAGGAGGGGUAAUGUGGUCAUUGGAGUUGGGGGCCGGAACAUUAUGAGUGCUCAAUAAAUAUAAAAUAAUGAGAA